UCAUCUCUAGCAAUAAAUGACUUACUCAAAGUUCACAAUGAAUUUUAACUAUUAAACUUUUAAUAAUAGAUUUUUAUAUACAAUUGUUUCAAAAUGUUUCAAAUGACAGCAGAUAUUGUUAUUGGUAUAUGUUGCAAUGACUUUGUGAUGAUGGCUUCUGAUACCAUGAAGAGCAAAUCAUAUGUAUUUUUAAAAGAUGAUCUUAAAAAAAUCCAUAAUAUUUCCGAUCAUUCCGUGAUUGCCGUAAUGGGCGAUGGAGCCCAUGCCUUGCAAAUAAGCAGCUAUAUAUCGUCAAAUCUUCAUCUAUAUCAAAUACAAAAUGGAUAUUUUCCAUCGGCAGAGGCAUCAGCAAACUUCGCUCGCCAAUCACUGGUUACCUACAUGAAGAAUCUUGUCAAAGUUCGAAUAUCUGUCUUAAUCGCUAGUUACGACAAACAGAGGGGAGCUGAACUCUUUUUAAUCGAUUCACUGGGCAAUUCUCAUUCGGUCAAAUACGCGGGUCAUGGUUGCGCAAGUGGCCUCUCUAACAAUAUUUUGCAAAGUGAAUGGAAACCGGAUUUGACUCGUACCCAGGGCCAUGCGCUUUUGAAGAAGUGCAUUUGUACGGUACACCAUCGUUUGAUUCUCAAUCUCAGGAAUUUCAUUGUAAUUAUGGUGGAUAAAGACGGAGUGCAAGAAAUGGAGCCGAUUACAUUUAAUUCACCAGUUCCGAUUGAACCGUGGUACUUUUAAUUCUUUAUUUUGUUAUUUGCAAAAAUUAAUAAAAAUGUGAGUUCUA